UACUGAACGAGUUGAUAUAAAAACUCCAAUUAAAGUUUCUCUGUUUAUCUACUAAUCUUUCUAAAACAUAGAAAUCGGUAUAGAACUCGCGUAUGAUGCUAUAGUUGAUUGAACAUAGUAAAUGCACAGACUGAAUUAGUUAGAUACUUAUAUUUAUCAAUAUGGCCCAGCCGCACAGGUCUGAAAUCCUAGACAACUUACAAAAGAAAAAGGAUCAGGAGAAGGAGCCACAAAUUUCAAAUUAUCAACAGCAGCUUGUGAAGCCGGUUGACAAGUCCUUACAUCCUGCAGAAGUGCCAAAUGUCAAUGUACCUGUAACGCAGCAUGUGCCCGCUCAGCAGUUGUUGUCCCCCACCCACACCCUGGGCCAGUCUCCUCAAACAAAAGAAGACUCCAAAGAUAAGUCAAUAAAGGUUGCCAACUCAACGACAAUAACUUUAAUAGAAAACGGUAACGUCAACGGUGACAAGGACAAAGACAAUAAUUACCAUAAAAAUUACUUCACGUUAGAACCUAAAAAUGAGAAAAAGGAUGACUGCAACAAGAACAGUAUUACAAUAACUAAGACUGCGAUAAAGCAGUCGCCGGGUGGCAGUCAGGGAGAAAAGAAGACACAGGCAAAGCCAGCUAAGAGGCCUCUGCAGUACUUAGAGACUCUCGCAGAGAAGGCUGGUAUAACUUUCGAGGAUAAGUACGAAGCUGCUAACACAUUACUAGCUUUAGACAAACAAAAUACUAAUAAUAGGAGACUGCCAGACUUGAAGCCACCUAAGUCUGAACCAGAUAAUCAUAAUCAGCUAGAGGAAUAUAGAUAUAGGAAUCAAAAGGAGGAAGAUGACAAAUUACAGAUCCAGCAACAAAUAAUCCAGCAGCAACAACAGCAACAGUUGCAACAAUUGCAACAGCAACAACUGCAGCAGUUGCAGCAACAGCAGGCCUUGCAGCAAGCGUUGCAGCGGCAGCAGCAACAAGCUAUACAGCAGCAUAUAAAGAACCAUCAGGAUCAACAGGAAUUGCUGCAGAAGCAAUUUCAGCAGCAACAACAGCAGCAGCAACAGCAGCAGCAACAACAGCAACAGCAGCAACAACAGCAACAACAACAACAGCAGCAACAGCAACAGAAAACUGAGCUGUUGCAAGUCACUCAGCAAGGAGAUCAGCAACAGCAAAAGUAUUUGCAGCCGGUGCACACGCAGUUCAACGUGCCCGGCAUUGGGGAGAUCAACCUCAGCUUUCUGGCGACUCCUCAGAGUAACGUCAACCUGCUUUUUGAAAAGAACCAGAAGACGAUGAGCGGAGAGAUCAAACCGCAACAAAUAGUAGACGGUCAGACACAAGUACUUCAGCAGCAGAUGAGCAUGGCUCAGCACGAGCAGACGCCGCAGCACCACCAGACCGUCACCGUCGUGUCUUCCAUGCCCAGCUCCAUGGCUCAGCAUCAGGUGCAGCAGCAACAAACAGGUGGUAUCCAGCAGCAAGCUGGAAGUAUCUCCACCAUGCCGCCCCUGCAGAGUCUGCCGACCAACCCUCAACAUCCACAGCAGAUCAGCGCGGAAUGGGGCCACAGUCGCGUGCAAGUGAUUCAGCAGCCGCUGCAGAACAGUACCUACUUGCAGCAGCUGUACAACGCUCAGGGACCCUUGCUGAUGCCCGGGAACAUUGCACUGCAUCCCGGGAUCAAUUCCCAGCAGAUACAGGUGAUCGCUGCCGGCAAGCCAUUCCAGGGUAACCAGCUAGCUCCACACAUGCUCACCACUCAAGGCAAACAGGUCUUACAAGGCCAGGCUGCGCCGUUCCCGGGGUACACGACGAUUCCCGCGAUACCUACGACGCAGAACCAGACGUUCGUGUUCAGUCCCCUGGGCGUGAUCAACUCGCAGCCGAGCAUCCUGCCCGCGCACUCGCAUUCUACCGUCGCCGGCAUCUCGCAGCAGCAGAAGCAGUCUGAUAUGCAUAAGUGUGGUGGCAAAGCUACAGCCGGGAAGUCAGGAACCAGCGGCGGUACCCAAACGGUCCAAGCUCAGUGCGUGCAAGUCUCCCAACCAGUGCUGGGCACGCAACAACCGACGCAGGCGCAGAUCAUCAGUCCCCUGCAGGCGGGUACACAAACAAUGCAGUUCGCUCCGUGGCAGAUAUCCGGGGCUUUGCCCCAGGUGUGGGCUGGCGGCCUGCCCACCGGAGCCCCUCACCUUCUGGCUCCUAACCCCAUCUUUAUCCGAGGGGCGCAGCCCGACGCUCCACCUUCAAUGUUCAUUCAGCACUCGCCUCAGAAUAAUCUGCAGCAUACCAGUGUCAGCGUGGCUUGUGCGACGUCAACGACUUCAAAGCCGCGGGCUUCCUCCGAUGGCUUGGCGAAAGCCCCGAGGCCGCUGUCCAACAUACUCCCGUCUAGUGGCAUACGGCCUGGCCCGGCUUCAUCGGUUUCAACGCAAACGAGUGCCAAUCAAGCUCAGAACCAGGCGAAACAACGCGGCAAGCCGGGCGUCCGAUCCCCGGCGCCGGCCGCGAAACAAGAUGCGGCUAAUCAAACGAACAAGAUGCAGCAUCAGAUACAACAGCCGAAACAACAACUACUGGUGAUGAAUUCGGGACAGAUGACUCAAAUCACCAGCGUUGAUAAGCCGUUGACGAAAAAUAUGGCGACUCAACAGGCUUUGUUGCAGCAACAAGCUAUACAGCAACAACAACAGCAGCAACAACAGCAACAGCAGCAGCAACAGCAACAACAGCUGAUUCAUCAACAGCAACAGACGCAACAAAUGGUGCACUAUCAGCAACAAGGUAUGUCUCUAGGCAUGCAACAAGGCACUCUGCCGGUCGGCUCGGUAGCCCAAACACUGCCGAUGGCCGGCAUACCACAGACAAUAUCUAUGGUACAACAGAUUCACCCAUUGAGUGGUAUGGGCCAACCCGGGACGUUGGUCAGUCAGCUGAGUACUUCUCAACCGCAAAGCGUUCAGACUUUGCAACAACCACAGACCCUGGUCGGUAGCGGCUUGGUCCAGACAUCCGUUGGCAUGACCGUCCAACAACAAGCUGCUUUAAACCACUCCGCUUCUAUGCAGACGCUAACUCUGCAAGCAGCGCAAGGCACGGUGGGUCUGAUCGCUGCGCCGGUCCAGGGCUCGGUGCUGCCUCUACAAACGCCUGCCACCCUCGUCACACAUGUCAAGACUGAGGAUGAUAAGGCUACAACGGCGCCGGUGCUACAAAUCCAGCCGGCCCAGCAAGUAGUGUCGGAAGCGACGGAGGCUUGCACCACGACUUUCAGUUCCGCGUCCGUGACCGUCACCACGGCUGAUGCUGCUGUUUCCACCAGUACUGCUACUGUUGGCUCAGUAACGCCAAUGGAGACUUCGAAGUCAAGUCCGUCGAAGUCAGACAGUCAGAUCAGUACCAGCGAGCCAGCCGUGUCCGCAGCGUCUACUGUCGCGACCAGCACCGCUCCCGUGCCAAGCAGUGCUCAACAAACUACGCCUGUUGCACCUCAGGUGGUGACAACGGUAGCGUCUUCAACAUCAUCAUCGUCCACCAUGACUGCCGCCAUCACAGCUCCCGUGUCAUCUGGUGGCACCGCGCUGUUCAAGAGCACCCAGUGUACUCCCAGACAUAUGAGCCAACAAGCCGCUCAUGACAAGGGUCUUCCCAAAGCGAUGGUGAAGCCGAACAUAUUGACGCACGUGAUCGAGGGCUAUGUCAUUCAGGAAGCUGGUGAACCCUUCGCUAGUAAUUUGGUGCAGGUCAACCGGCCUCUGAGGGACUGGGUCGAUAAGGAACAGGACAAGGAGAAUAAGCUGCCCUCGUCUGAUGAUGGACCGCCUCGUAAGAAGCAGAUGCUAGAACACUCGCCCAGCGUGGGUCGUAUCAGCUCGUCGAACGAGAGCGCGGCUCAUAGCACUGCUUCCAACUCGAGUGCAAAGGCGGAAGCACCCGAGCCUAGCGCUGAGGCUGCACCCAAAAUACCUAACGCUAAUAAGUGGACUGUAUCUGAAGUGUGCGACUUCAUCCGCAACAUCCCCGGCUGCGCUGGCUACGCAGACGAGUUCCUCAUGCAGGAAGUAGACGGCGAGGCCCUGCUCCUCAUCAGACCGGAACACCUGGUCAUGGCGCUGUCCAUGAAACUGGGACCAGCCCUCAAGAUUGUCGCCUGCAUCGACUCCUUGCGUCCGGAGAGCGAACAGUCUUCGCAUGAUCAUGACUGAGAUUUGCUGUCAGUGUUCUUCGCGAACAACUUAUAACUUCAGUGUUGCGUUAUCGGAGAGCACUUUGAGACGAACAUUUGCACUACACGCGUAAGAGUUAUUCUGUUCAAGUAGACAAUUUCGUAGGACUUGUUGUUUAGUUGUUAGUUCUUAGCUACGGUAAGGGGACUACAUCGAGUUUUCACACCAAAAGUUCAUACACGAUGCUAACCAGUCAUUCAUUUAAUAUUCAUAACGUAUUACAUACAAUAGUUGUGAAAAACCCUUGUGAAAUAGUCUAAUGUUUAGGCGGUUUCGCGGCGAUAAUACGACCGAAAUCAUUUGUAGACUUAAAUUAGAGAACACUUCAUUGAUAAAAUAUUCAUGAUAUUUCAGAUACAAUUAUGUGAAAUAGUCUAAGAUAUAGGCAAUUUUGCGGCGAUAAUAUGACCGAAAUCAUUUGUAGACUUCAUUGAUAAAAUAUUCAUAAGACAUCAGAUACAAUAGUUUUAAAAAUCCAUGUGAAACAGUCUAAUGUUUGGGCGAUUUUGCGGCGAUAAUAUGACCGAAUUCAUUUGUAGACUAAUAUUAGUAGUGCCAGAAACGGCAAACUUCAUUGUUAAAUAUCAGAUACAUUAGUUGUGAAAAACCUAUGUGAAAUAGUCUAAUGUUUAGGCGGUUUCGCGGCGAUAAUAUGACCGAAAUCAUUUGUAGACUUAAAUUAGUUGACUUCAUUGAUGAAAUAUUCAUAAGACACCAGAUACAAUAGUUUUAAAAAUCUACGUGAAAUAGUCUAAUGUUUAGGCGGUUUCGCGGCGAUAAUAUGACCGAAAUCAUUUUUAGACUUCAUUGAUGAAAUAUUCAUAAUAUAUCAGAUACAAUAGUUGUGAAAAACCUAUGUGAAAUAGUCUAAUGUUUAGGCGGUUUCGCGGCGAUAAUAUGACCGAAAUCAUUUGUAGACUAACAUUAGUAGAUUGCCAGAAACUAUGGCAAACUUCAUUGAUAAAAUAUCAGAUACAAUAAUUGUGAAAUAGUCUAAGAUAUAGGCAAUUUCGCGGCGAUAAUAUGACCGAAAUCAUUUCUAGACUUAAAUUAGUUGACAGUCGAAACUAUUAUGACAACACUGGACAUACUGGUCCAUAGGAUUAGCAGGUAGAAGUAGCAACUAAACGAACGCCUUCACUAAAACAGAAUCAAUUCAUUCAAUUACUAGCAUAUUUAGGUUUAAAUACUAUACUAAUAUAUGUUGGUAUUUUCAACCGUUGUUAACGAAUGUUAUUGUCGAUAUAUUUGUUCCCUUCGCAUUAUGUUCCACACGUUUUAUCUUACAGCCGUCACGUAUCACCAUCAUUACCGCGUUUCAUAUAAGUUCGGAAAAUGCUAUUGUGCACUUAGGACAAAUGUCGAAAGUUCCGCCUAUCUAGUGUUAAGUUAUACUUAUUUAAGCACGUACUUAGAUAAUAAUUACUUUCGUCUCUCUCUCUAUUUUAUUUAAUAACUUCCAGAAAUACUUGUUUUUCUCACGAAAAAGGCGUUUUCCUUCUUUUCCGCAUAAUCCCGAUACGCUAAAUUCUUUUCACUUCAAAAUACAAAUGGGCGUCAAACUGACGAUCUAGAAAGCUCGUAAGAUUGACGCCUCCACCCUAUUCAAAACCUCUCAGAUAUUGACACAUUUCGUACCUAAGUCAAUUCGACGGAAAAUUACUUGAAUAUUAAUUUGAAUUGUCUGAAAUGUUCGAAGAAAUAUUUUGUACAAUAUUCGACCUUGAACGUGUUAGGGGUGUAUGUCAAUGUAUAGAUUUAUAUCUUAGAUUAGAUGAUAAUGACUUCGGCAGGUCAUCGACAUUUAUAUUUAUCGUAUUCACUUUUUGAAAUGUAAAACAACGAUUAUCGAUUUUAAAAUGUUAUGUUGAGAAUCGAUAUCUGAAAAGUGAAUCGAUAAAGUAUCGAUUGCCUGCCGAAGUCCCUAGUUACUGCAGGCACAGUUUGUAUGUCGUCGUUACUGUUGCAACACAUACACUUUGUUCACUAGCUGUAGGUUAGGUUAACUCUAAACGUUAAGUAGUAGGUACUAAGUUAAUGUUUCACAUAGACUAACAGUUAGUUGUUGUAAUUAAAAUUUUUAUAACACAAAAUGUAUAACAAUAUUCGCUUUUAUAGUUAAUUCGUGUUCAGUUUAGUGCAAUUCAACAUAAAUGAUUGGUGUAUUAUUAUUUAAAAGAUCCCCGUUUGCCAGUGUGUUUUGUUUGCAAAUUUUAUUUAUCAAAACACUCGUGCUGACCGAGCUAACAGCUUAUUACAUCAAUGGUGCUACUUAGUUAUAUUUUUGUGGCUAAACAUUAUAUUAACACGAUUUCUUGGAUUCAUGUGUUUGUAGAUAAUUUCUAAUAUAUUAACAAAUACAGCGAUUAUUUAAUUAUUAUUAUUGUAUAGUUAUUUGAAUACAUAGUUGGUAAAUAAUGUUCAAUUUAAUUUUGGAAUCGCGUUAUAUAUCACGGCCAAUUAUUGUAAAUAUUAGAUUUAUUGGGUUAUAUGCAAGAGAAGAGAGUUGAUUAAUCACGUUAUCUUGUAAAUAUUCAGUCGUAUUAGCACUUACCAAAAUCAGGUCAGUAAUAUUAUCUAUAGCAUAAGUAAACUUGUACAAUGCUUUGGUGAUUUCAAACUGGGAUUUAAUUUAGAAGGAUUUUCGGUUAUAAUGUUAAGUAUUGCUAAUUUACUAAAUGGAUAUAUAAUUUUUUGUUCUGCGCAUUUUCAGGAAUAUUAUAUUUAAUUUACUGAUGAUUAAUAUGUUAAUGUAUUAUAGUAGGAUAUUAUUAUAUGAUUGUAUACCAACAAUGCUACGUAAAAUUCUGAGAACUUUAAUUUGAUUAUUAUAUAAUGUACAGCAAUGGUAGGAGAGUGUAGAUUAAUCUUCACAAUUUGUUUAUAUAAUGUACCUAAGGUUAAAGCAUAAUAACUUUGUAUGUAUAAAGUACAGUCGGCUUGAUCACUGCCAUGAGGUUUAAAUGUACAGUUCGCAUCAGGUUGGCGUCGGCGGCCCGCGUGGCUCAACAUUGUAAGAUGGGCACGAUGUUAUUAAGAGAUUUCCAUGUUAUCUUUGCCUACAAUGUUAGCCGCUAGGCACGCUACCGUCAGCCUGUUUAUGUAAGUUUGUGUAGUCAUAGAAGUCAGUUAUGAAUACUCCUACGGUUUUUUAGAAUUAUUACUGCUUUAGAAUCUAGUAGAUGUAUAAACGUUUUGAUAUUGAUACAUAGUACGACUAACUUUUUGUAAGUAUUGAAUAUGUGACUACACAAUUCUACAAUUAUAUAAGUAAUUAGAAUGUUUAAAUGUCCAACACACUGCUCAAAAAGGUGCAGGAGCUAUUUCUUGGUUCAAUAAGGGAAAUAAAGCAAAUGAGACUGAUA